AUGCCUGCUCCUCCUCGCCCCAGCCGUGGUGUACCCCCCACCUUUUCCAAGCAGGACGACGAUCUCUGGAAGGCUUAUGCCAAAGCACUCCAGACAAAGUUCUUCGGCAAUCUUGACACAAAAAUUGAGAUUUUCUAUGCUGCUCCCAUCGGGGAAAUCACCAACAAAGGGGUUUACGACAUUGGCGAUGUUGUCAUGCAGUUGGACGCUCCUGUAUUCAAUGCUGUGAGCAGUAAAUACUCCCAGCGUCUUCAAAGAGCUCUAGGUUCAGUAAGGCUCAAUAUGAAUCCAGACAAGGGUGCUCAGUUGCGACUGCAGAGUAUCCGAUCAAAGAUCGACAAAAUCAAUGAGCAGUAUGCCCAGGUGACGAAGAAAGCAAUGGAGGCUUACGAGGCCGAUGAGGAUAAAGGGAGUCAGACUUUCACAUACUGGGUCCAAAGAAGCUACCCCAGUUUUGACUCUUUGGCUGCAGAGAGGCAGUCCGCCAUUGCCACUGAAGCAGCUCUACGUUCUCAGAUAGAUGGCCCUGGCGGUGUGCAGCUCAACGACCAGAGACAGAAGCUGCUCAAUGCUUUGGACUUGGAGAGCGACUAUCCUGGCCUAAAUAUGCCGUGCACCCCAAGCUUUGGCAAUAUUGUUAAUGGUUCUUCCGACCUUCCUCGAGAAAUUGGCCGAACUUAUAACCCUCUCUGCAAGAUAAGUUACGUUCAGGACGGUAACUACAAGGAGGAGUCCAUCAUGGCUCAGGAUGUCGGAUCUGAGCUCUCGGCGCAGCUUUCGGCCGCACAAGCGGGCGUGUUCACUGUCAAGCCAGGCGAAUGGGAUGUGCCUAACAUUACGGAGGUGUACCCAAAUUUCCAGCGGGAAGUCGCUCGCGAGAUUGGUCCUGUUGCCAAAGUUGACCAAAUCAUUCUGGCUUACAAAGUGGUCAUGAAGCUCUCCUUGCCGGCCAAUUUGACAGAGCGCGUUAACAAUCUAACUCAAAAGGCCAAGAGUGCCGGUGGAUCAGUUAGUUUCUUUGGAUUUGAGGUUGGGUUUGGAGGAGGAAGCAAGGACGAGAUCAGCAUCUCCGGUUCAUCCAUCGAAAUCCGCAAGGACCUUGGAUAUCCUGUACUAUUGGGUGUGAAGGGCAAGAAGCUCCCAGGUCUUGCUCGCUAA